AUGGGAGUUAAUUAUUAUAUGUCGGUAUUCAAAUAUCCAAGCGUACGAUCUUAUUGGAGUGAUUAUGGUUUUAAACCAAUUAUGGAUUCCAACAUUUUCAAGACGCAGCUGAUCAACAGCCAUCGACGUCAUCGGGAGUUGCCCGUAGAAGCUAUGGAUUCGGCCUACGAUAGGCUGUAUAAAAUACGGCCUGUUAUAACAGCCUUGAAUAGAAACUUUAAAAAAGUUCCAAUGAGAGCACGUUUGUGUGUUGACGAACAAAUUUGUGCCACCAAAAUCAAACACAUAUAUCUAAAACAAUAUAUGCAUGAUAAACCACAUCCAUGGGGCGACAAGUUGUUUCUUCUGUGUGAUGACUCUGGGUUUUGUUAUAGUUUUGAAAUAUAUUCUGGUGAUGAUGACCACCGUGAAGAAAAUGAGCCGAAUUUGGGUGCAUCUGCAAAUGUUGUGGUAAGAUUGGCUCGUUCGGUUCCUCGAUUUGUCAACCACGUCAUAUUUUUCGACAAUUAUUAUACAUCUGUUCCUUUAAUGGUUUAUUUGCGAACACAAGGGAUAUACUCAAUUGGUACAGUUCGCCGUCCACGUCUUCCAUUGUGCAAAUUGUCACAAAAAUUUGCUAAUCGCAGUGAUUCCGAAGGAUAUGUUGGAACAUUUCAUGGAAUCGAUGUCACAACAGUGGCAUGGAAUGAUAACAAAGUUGUCACCAUGGCAUCAACAAUGGCCGGAGUAAAGCCAUAUAUUUCAACUGAUAGUCAGACGCCCAAGGAUACACCAACCAUAGAACGAUACAACAAAAAGAAAAAGGAAAUGGAAAGUAUUCAAUGUCCAAAUAUCGUCCAUGAGUACAAUAAAUAUAUGGGUGGUGUUGACCUUUUGGACUCGUCUCUCGGUCGUAGUCACAUCCGUAUAAAAUCCCGCAAAUGGACAAGCCGUUUGAUUUAUCAUAUGUGUGAUAUUGCCAUCAUCAACGCAUGGAUUUUAUACAAGAGGCAUCAUGUAGAGACUAAUAAUGUGGAACCACAGAAGGUAUUACAUGAAUUUGUGUCAGAAGUUGCACAUUGUUUGACGAAAUCUGGUACUGAAAUACGAAUGGGAAAAGGUCGGCGAAGUAACCUUGAAUCUGAAAUUAUUGUAAAGCGUCCACGUCCAAUGUGUGCUGCAUUACCACCUCGUGAUAUUCGCUUAGAUAAUAUAGGACAUUUUCCAGAAUUUAUAAAAGAAGGCAAACCACGGUGCAAAAAUCCAAAAUGUACAUCUCUUACAAAGGUUCGAUGUCAAAAAUGUGGCAUAAAUUUAUGUUUUUCGGCCGAAAACAACUGUUUUUACGAGUUUCAUCAAAACUAA